AAACAUAUUUAUUUUUAUAAAUGAGUGAUAACUAAUAACUAAUGUAUUAUAAUAAUAAUAAUAAUAGUUAUAGAUAAAAAAAAUUCCAUAAUUAUAAAAUAGUUUAAUAUUUUUUUAAAAAUGCUUAUUAAAUAAAUUUAACAAAUUAACUUUAAUAAAAUUAAUACGAUGACUCUUGGCAUUCUAACUCAUGGAAUUAAUAGUAUUAUGGAGAUGAUAAAUAAUUUAUAUACCAUUAUUCCUAUCCACGAAAGACCUGAUUUAUAUAUGGAUUGUUGUAAACUGAUUAAUUCAGAAUGGCCUUCUAGUGACACCAGAAGAUUAAGAACACUAAGAACGUCAUGUGAUAAUUUUCCAACUUGUUUAAUACUAUUAAUUGAUAGUAAAGUAAUCGGACAUUGUAAAAUAUCAUUGGUACCAAAUCUCAACGGCAGCUGUUUCAUAGAAUCAGUCGUUAUUGAUUCAGAAUAUCGAUAUAGAGGUCUUGGUUCAAUUCUUUUACGUGGAACAGAGCAAUAUGUUCUAACUAAAAAUAUAAAAAGUAUUUAUUUAGCAACAAAAGGACAAGAAAAAUUCUAUUUAAAAAAUGGAUAUUAUAAUUGUGAACCAAUAAAUUUAUGGGACUGUAGAACAGUUUCAAAACCUAUUGAUGCAAUGAGAAAAAAAUUUACCCACAAGGAAAAAUUUUUCGGUCCACCACCGCCUCCACUGCCUAAUUUAUUUUCUUUUAAAAAAUCACCUGUUAUUACAUCUAAAACUUACAUGGUAAAACAUUUAUAAUGAUAACAAGUAAAUUAUUAUUAUUAUCAUAUAAACAAAUAUAUUUUUUAUAAGAAGAUAUUUUAUUUUUUAUUUAACAUUGAUAUUUAUACAAAAACAUGUUACGUAUUUAUUGCAUACAAUUCUUACAAUGCUUCUUAUCUUAAUCUCAAUUAUUGCUUGGGAUCUGUAGCAAGGCCGCAAACUUUUUGGUAGUGUUCUGGCUUUUGUAAGCAAUCAACUAAAAACUCUCCCAAUUCAUAUUUGGAAAUCAUACGCCCAGGAGAUUCGUCAUGCUUAACUGUAUAAGUUGACUUUGGCGAUUCUAAAAAAUAUUUGAAAAUUAUUUAUCAUUCAACUAAUCGAUAAUUUAAAAAAUUUAUUCAAUAAUAUUCAUUAUUAAGAUUCUUAAUUGUUUAUUAUAUUUAUUUAUAAUUAAAAUUACCGGAAAUGUGAGGUGGGAAAACGGCAAUCCAUUUAAGACCACUUUCUUUAAUAGCAUCAUACAUACGUUGAUGAUCAGCAUUCAAAUCAAGAAAUUGUUUUGGAACUUUUUCAAGUGGCCAAAAUAAAAAUGCUGAUAAGCAAACUGAUACUAUUUCGACAUUAUUUUUUUUCAUAGCACGUAUUAUAUUUUUCAUUCCAUCAGAUAAUUCAGUUGUAGGCUCUUAAAAAAAAUAAUAAUGAUUAUUAUUAAUUAAUUAAAUACAAUAAAAUUAUUUAAUUCAAUUAAACAGUAUCAUCAAUUUAUUUUUUUUAAUUUACUCAAAUCAUUUCUGGUUCCCAGUACAACGACGACUCCUUCCUGAUUAGCAAUUGAUGAUUCCACUUGAUCAUAAUUAGUAACAUUUCCGGUUAUUGCUUUUACUUUUCCUUUUAGAUGUUCUGGAAUUUUAGCUUCGUCUCUCACAAAUACGGUUACUUCAUAAGCUAAUAAAAGUAAUUAAAAAUAUAGAUUAACAUUAAAGUUACAAAAUGAAAAUUUUUUUUUAAAUAUAAAACUAUUACCUUUAUUAACUGCGUGUUCUAAAGCACAUAGACCGGUCAUACCAGUAGAACCGAAAAUAAUAAUUUUUUUCAUGGUUAAAAAUUUAGUUCUUUAGCUGCUAAGUUAAUGUUCUUGAAGACGCUUGAACGCUGACUGAAA